UUCAGUCCCACUCGUAAUUAGGUGGUAGAAGUUUGGCUAUGCAGUGUAAAGUGUUUUGUUAGUGACUAAGAACUGAGUGACAGUUAAAAAAACUUGUUUUAGUGUUUUAUUAAUAUAGUAUGGUGUCAUAUUACGGACAAUCUGCCGGAAUGUAUCAUCAACAGCAAAUUUCGGGCAAUGGACAUUUCCAAGCGAAUUCAUCCAUGCACCCGUGGUACUCAGCGGCGGGGUACCGCCAGACUCCUCAGCUGGGAUCAGCUCCACCGGGAGCGUACUGCGAAGAGCAGCAAAUGUGGCACCAUCAUCCGGCGCAUCAUAGUGUGUUCCAGCAUGACAUUCCGGACUUUUUGCAUUCGGGAAUACCUAUGUUGCAGCAUCCGCAACACCAGUUAGAUCCGGAAAGCCAGCUUCCGUCGCCACCGAUUACGGGAAGUGAUAUUUCUAGUCCUGGGGGACAGAGCGGGAAUAUAUCGCCUCAUAACAACCACGGUCAUCAAAGUAGGCCGACACCUGCGAGGAGUCCAUAUGAGUGGAUUAAGAAGACGUCGUACCAAUCUCAACCCAAUCCUGGUAAAACGAGGACGAAAGACAAAUACCGCGUAGUCUACACAGACCACCAACGAAUAGAACUUGAAAAAGAAUUCACCUUUAACAACAAAUACAUCACCAUUAGAAGAAAAUCGGAGCUAGCAUCGAACCUCGGGCUGUCGGAGAGGCAGAUCAAGAUCUGGUUCCAAAACCGAAGAGCGAAAGAGCGAAAGCAGAACAAGAAGCGAGCAGAGGAAAAGGGUCACCAUGUCGACAUCGUCACUAACGGCGCGUACCACCAGCAGAAUAUUCUAAACCAACACCCGCAGAUGCAGCAUCUCGAUAUGCACAAUCCGCAACAGACAAUUUUACCUAACAUCGUACCUCCCUCUUCUGUGGUGAUGCAGCGUUUCAUAGACAAUAAUCAUGUGAUGAAACUGGAAAACACUGAGAGUGAUCCUUUAGGAUAAGUAGUGAUCGAUAGUGAUACCAAUUUAUAAAGAUCUACUUUAUGUAUGUGUUUAAGUUCAAAUUUACUGAUCCUAAAUUUUGAUUGUUGAGGGGCAAUCUUGAAUGAAACUUUUUUGGUACAUAAUACUUUUUAAAAAUGACCGAUUCGAUUUGUAAACCAUAAAUCGUUCUUCAAAUUUUUUAUUUGCUUUGAUUAUAAAUUUUACGUUCCUUUUUACUAUUAAGAGAUUUAGAAUACAUAAAUAAAUUGUGUAGGUACUCCUCCAGCGAGCCAGUGAUCUAGGUUCUUGACCGUAGUCACUGCCAAAACUACCGAUUUGACAAACUGUUUGCUUACCUCGCCUGCUGACCAACUGGAAGGUCUGGCAAUCAAACUGUGCCUAACGGUGCACUGCCUCAAUGCUCAGGAAGUUGCUCAAUCUAGGGUGGUCAUCAUCAUCAAUCAACCCUGAUUUGUCCAUUGUUGAACAUAGGCCUCCUCCAGAUAUUUCCAUCUUCUUCUGCGUCUCUGCUUUGAAAUCUGGGGUACCUAUGGAAAAAAUGGGUACCCUCACAUUCCUGUAUGUGUUUUUAAUUUACAUUUUUUUCUGAUAUACCUUCUUCUUCUACGGCACUACAGCCCAAAUUGAGCCUUGGCCUCCUUUAUUUUUUGGCUCCGUCCUGCUUGUCUGUGGCUGCUCUUCUCCAUACACGGACUCCUAAAAGGGCUUGUGCGUCGCUGUUUACUGUGUCUUCCCAGUGCUUCCUUGGCUUUCCAACCGGUCUCUUUCCCUGCAUUCUAGCAUUCAGUGCUCUUUUUGGUAGCCUUUCCUCUCCCAUUCUUAUCAUCACAUGUCCGGCCCAUUGCAGUCUUUGUAUUCUAAUGAAGUCUGACAGGGGUGCUUCCUUAUAAAGUUGAUAAAGUUCGUUGUUGUAUUGACUUCCGAAGAUUCCGUUUUCCCUCACAGGUCCUAGUAUUCUCCUCAGUACUUUCCAUUCGAAUGUGUCGAGUUUGUUUUUGGAUGUUUCUUUCAGGACCCAGGCUUCACUACCAUAGCAUGUUAUUGGUCGAAUUAAAGUUUUAUAGACUCUCAUCUUUGUAUUUCGGUGGACACUUUUAGACCGAAAUAUAUGGGAGAGGGCAAAAUAAGCUGUUUGCCUGCGUUAUUCUCUUCCGUAUUUCUCCGUCUUCUGAUCCGUCGGCAUAUAUUGCUACUCCCAGUUAUGUAAACUUUCCAAGCGUUUCAAUAUCAUCUUCAUAUAUAAUGUUUUGUGGGACUAUAUUUCUUCUCGUCUGAGUCAUUAUUUUUAUUUUUUUUUGUGUUAAUUUCCAGAUCUAGCAUUUUUGUUUGUGUUUUUAACUCUGCGUAUGUUUCUUGUGCUCCUGUUGAUGUUCUACUCAUAAUAUAAUAUUAUCGUCAUUAGCGGCAGUUCAACCGUUCGGUUGGUCAGUAGGUUUCCUCGUCCAGUUUGCAUUUGCCUAACCGCAUACUCCAGUGCCAGGUUAAACAAUGUUGGGGCCAGCCCAUCUCCCUGCUUUAGCCCCUGCAAAAUUUUGAAAAAGUCUGUCCGGUGGUUUUGUAUUCGUACACAUGCCUGAGUUUCAUCCAUUGUGGCUUUAAUGAGUCUUGUUAGCUUGUCUGGUAUUGCCAAUUCAGCCAAUAUACAGUGCGUCCAUAAAGUAACGCAUAAAUUCGUUAUUUCGUAAACCGGCGACUUUAAGAAAACAUCCCGAAAUAGGUCGAUUUUUAUUUUUAAAUUACGAUUUUUUGGCAUAUACAUCAUACUAGUGCCGUCAUCUAUCUGGGCGUGAUGACGUAAGCGAUGAUUUUUUUAAAUGGGAAUAGGGGUCAUGUUAUAGCUAAUUUGAAAGGAUACUCAAUGAUCUAUCCAAUAAUAUAAACAUUAACAUAAUUAUUUAUACAGGGUGUUCUAAAAACAAUUUUUUAAUUAAAAUAAGUGAGACAAAAAGAAGAAUAUUAUAUAUAAUUUAUUUAAUUCAAAAUACAUUUUACUACUGUCAGUAAACAGAAAAAAAAUUCUUUGACAAAGAAACAUUGAUUUUCGUUUAAACGAAAUGUUCAAACUGCCAAGAGACAGGUGGGUGGCAGCUUUAACAUUGAAUUUAAGCGAAAAACAAUAUUUAUUUGUCAAAUAAACGUUUUUUCCUGUUUUCUGACAACAGUAAAACGUAUUUUGAAUUAAAUAAAUUACAUACAUUCUUCUUUUUGUCUCAAUUGUUUUUUUGAACACCUUAUAUAAAUAAAUAUGUUAAUGUUUAUAUUAGUGAAUAGAGAAUUGAAUACCCUUUCAAAUGAGCUAUCACAUGACCCCUAUUCUUAUUUAAAAAAAUCAUCGAUUACGUCGUCAUGCCCAGAUGGAUGACGUCACUAGUAUGACAUAUAUGCUAAAAAAAUGGAAUUUAAAAAUAAAAAUCGACCUGUUUUGGGAUUUUUUCUUAAUAUCGCCGGUUUACGAAAUAAUGAAUUUAUGCGUUACUUUAUGGACGCACUGUAUAGUAUAGUUUGUUCCUUUUGACUGAGUCGUAUGCCUGUUUGAAGUCUACAAACACGUUGUGAACAUCAAUAUCGUCUUCCCAUGAUUUGCUCAAGAUCUGUUUGACUGUAAAUAUUUGAUAUAUCUGAUAUACCUACCUAUCCUUAUAUUUUAGAGUCCCUUUUCCUAUUAUAUGAAUACCUUUUAAUGUUUUACUCUUCAGGUUGAGACCCUACUAUUUGGAGUCUGGAUCUUCUGUGCCUUGCUGGUCUCUUUUCGUCGUAGUUUGUCAAGUUCCUUAGACGUCCAUUUGGAUGAUAACCUUAGUUCGUUGAAGGUUCCGUACGCUUUUUCAUUCGUUUUACUUCUUCUUUGGUUUCUUUUGGUUUCUUUCGGAUACGUAUGUGAAGAUGCUUAUAGCCUCCCUUAUAAUGUCCUUAUGUACCACGUAUUUUCUUUCUUUCCUUCUUAGAACUACGUAGGUAUAUUAUAUUCCCCAUAGAAGUUGAAGAGACCUGGAGACAGGAUAGAUUCUUGGCGAACUCCUCUACUGUCUUUAAAAUGGUUGGGAUUAUGGUUUUCAAUUCUCAUUCUAGGUUUAUUAUUCUCGUAUAGACUCUUCACUCAGUUGACAGAUUAUCAGGAACUUCUAGCACAGAAUUUUCCAGAAAACUUUCUAUUUUACACAAUUAAAUGCUUUUAGGUACUCCAGAAUGCAAGUGACCAUAGCAAUUUUGCAUUCUCGAGCUAUUUCAAUAAUCGUUGCCACCUUGUUCCCUUAACUUUCACGAAGCCUGCUUGUUCUUGUGGAAUUUUACUUGGUGUAAUGUAGUAUUUGAUACAUAGAUACUACGGUUUGUAGUUGCACCUUUAUUAUGAAUUGGAGUAAAUAUCAGUGCACCAAUCAGUGAGCCAUUUGCUGAUUUUAUUAAGGCUGACUAAUUAAAAAUUAUGAAUCAAUGAAGGCUUUUUUAGCACGUAUGAACAACACAAGAAAAAUGAAAAAGACCAAAAGGUAAAUAUCCACAACAAAUCAAAAGAAUUAACAGUGAGAAUAAGCAUUUAAUAAACAAAGCAGAUCCCUCCAGUAAUCAGAAAUACAGAAUUGUUUUAUUUUGAAACAAAAUACCUAUUUGUGAUAGGUAAACAAUUACCUACCCUUGUACAUAAUUUAAGGCUUUAUUAAUAUUUUGUGAUUUACAGUUUUAUUGUACAUAAUUUAUAUUAAGUGUAAGUGAGAAUUUAGUAGUCAUAAGUUUUGAAAUCACCUUUUUAUUUUCUGUUAAAUAGAUGAUUUAGAGCCGGUUGUUCGAACACUAAUCAAAAAUGGAAUCAACUAAUCAUUAUUAAAUAUUUAAUUACUGUCACCAACUGUCAAUGUCAACUUUGAUUGGGUUGCUGAAAACAUAAUUGAUUAGUUAUGAGAUUAAUUGAUUAGUUAUGUUAAUAAUUGUUAUGUUAGUUAAUAAAUAAUAAUUAAUAAUUGAUUACAAUCAACUGAUUGGCUACGAACAACGGAUUUUGUUAUUUGAUGGUUGUUAAGAGGACUUGAUUAUAAUCAACUUCUUGAUUAGCGUUCGAGCAAUCGGCCCUAAGUCACUAUUUAUACAGAUAAGUAUUUCAUGGCAAGAAGAUUUUUUUAUUCCAUUCGAAAAAUCUUAUACUUACAUACCUAUUAGACAAAUAAUUUAGAUUUUAGACCUUAUUUUCUUGCUCGGUGUCUUUUUCAUGGUUCUGUUUCACUUGACUCUUUAAUCGUAGGUAAUAUUUUUUAAGUCUGUAUAGUUUUGAUUGCUCUUAUCAGGUGUUUUGGUACCUAUCUUCUUUUUAAUAUAAUUUUAAACAGUGGCGUAUCUAGACAUUUGCCUUGGGAGGGGAAAUUUGCCUUAUGGGGGAACUUCCAAUGAAACACCAACCAAAAGACUUAAAAAAGAUAAAGAUAAAGACAUAAGUAAAUAAUAACUUAUAUGCAUUAAAUUCCGUUAAUUUUCCUAACUAGCGUCUUUAUUGGGUUAAAUUUGUCUGUCUGUGAUUUAAGUUUCAUGCCAGCUAUAAGUGGAGUCACUGAAGGUGGAUAUGAGCUAUUACCUCCGAUUUCGUUCAACCUCCAUCGACGUGCAUGAAAAUUGGUAAGUGGUUAGAGGAUAUCUCAAGAAACAAAGGUCACAUGGUGCCAACUUGCGCUUUUACCCUGGGGGUGGAUGCCACCCCUUCUCGGGGGUGAAAAUUAUUUUAUCAAAAAUAACCCAUAGUUCGAUAGAGGGACAAAUUCUAAGCAAAAUUUGUUAUAUAAAGUUAAUAAAAUAAAUCAAAACUUUUGAGUUAUUAAAGAUCAAAAAUUUUAAUUUUUCGUGUGAAAAAUGCAUGUUUUUGCAAAAAAUUAUUAUUACCAAAAUUAAAACCAAUAAAAAUGAAAUCAACUCCUUACUAUAACAACCUUUUAGUGUUAACUAGAAGUCAGUUAUAGGUAAUUAAUUGUAUAUUUUUUUGGCGAGUACCCAAAGCUAAGUAUUUAAGCUUAAAUUACGGGAAAAUGAUGCAUUUUAUAACAUAAACUUAUUAAACAUUUGUGAAAGUACUUAGAAAUACCUAUCAAAUGAUAUACCGGACAAGUUAAUAGCAUUAAAAUUUAUGCUCCAAAAAUUUUUCAAACUUUAUCUUUUAAAAAAUUUUCCAAAAAAUGUUAUCGUUUUUUUAAUAACUCCGUUAAUUUUUAAGAUAUCAGGUUCACCUAAAAAUGGUUUGAAAGGUAAUUCCAAAGGCUAUUAAAACGCUUUGAAUUUAAUCUUUUAAACCCCUUUGUUUUUUCAAAAUCAAAGAUUAAAUGGCCACGGUUACAUGGUUCUCGCAGAAAAAUUUAAGCUUUAAACGUUUCUAUCUCGGUUAUUUUUCACCCUACAGAAAUGGUAAGAAUGGUAUAAUAUUUGAUACAUAUAGAAAAAACUAAAAUUUGGUUAUUUACCAUUUUUUACGUAUAUUGAGUAUUUUUAUAGUUAUUAUCAAAAGAAAAUGAAAAUGAUGAUAAUUUUAAAAAUUCUGAUUUUUUAAAAUUAUAUCUUUUUUUCAAAAAUAUGCAUUCUAAACCGGUGAAAAUUGUUAAAAUUAUUACUAAUGCUAAUACAAAGAAAUUUUUGUAAGGAUUACCAUAAAUUUUAAUUUAUUGUGGAAAUAUCGUAUGUUUUAUUUUUCACUUUUUCCUAAAAAAUUCGAAAGGGUCCUCUUCGUUUCAUCAUAACUUGCUUAAUUUUGAUGCUAUUAACUUCUUCUGGAGCUUAUUUGUUAGGUAUUCUGAAGUACUUUGAUAAGUGUUUAGCAGGUAUAUUUUAUAAAAUGCAUCGUUUUCCCGUUAUUUAAGCUUGAAUACUUAGAUUUGAGUACAAAUAUACAUUUAAUUACCCAUAACUCAUAACUCACUUUAGUCACUUUGAAUUAACAUUAGUUUAGUACUUUGACUGAAUAGUGUAUUCAAUUUUUUAUUGUCUUCAAUUUUGGUAAGAAUAACUUUUUGUAAACGCUAAUAGUUUUUGAAUUAUACGUGAAAAACAGCUUUAAAACAUGCAUUUUUUACCAAAAAAUAAAAUUUUUGAUCUUUAAUAACUCAAAAAGUAUUGAUUUAUGUUAAUAACUUAAUAUAACAAAUUUUGCUUAGAAUUUGUCCCUCUAUCGAACUAUGGAUUAUUUUUAAUAAAAUAAUUUUCACCCCAGAAAAGGGGUGGCAUCCACCCCCAGGGUAAAAGCGCAAGUUGACAUCAUAUCAGCUUUGUUCCUUGAGAUAUCCUCUAACUGCUCACCAAUUUUCAUGAAAAUCGAUAGAGGUUCAACGAAAUCGGAGGUGAAAACCUUCAGUGACUGCACUACUAAUAUAUUUUUAUGUUUCAACAAUUUUUUCUUGAACUUUGGACCUUGUUAGGGGGGACAUUUCCCCAUUUCCCUCUCCGUAGAUCCCAUAGUUGGUCUAUCCUGCUGAAUUUGUCUAUAUUUCUAAUAACAAUGUGCUACCUCAGACAAAGAGUAACCGUUGGUGUUCUUUAUUUGAUUUAACCAUCAGAGUGGCGAUCUUCCUCGGGUUCUUUUACCAUCUACUUCGACUUCAACCACUAAUCUCUCCCUACCUUUCUUUCUUCUGGCUUCUUCUAAAGGAGCCUAACUGCUAGAGAUAUUGGCGACCACAUUAACCCAUCUUAUUCUAUUCAUAGUAACUCGAAAUAUGUAGAUCAGUUGACGAUAGGCCAGCCCAUUUCCUAAGAUUGACCAGCCAGGAUAUACGUCUACGUCCAGGGAUUCUUUUAGAAGCGUACUGCUGCUUUUUCUUGUGAGAUGAUAAGUUUGCGAUCAGACUUAGGUAUAUCCUUACUAUUGAGUCCUAAUGUUUUUAGGAUAUCGAUUCGUUUCUCAUGUAGAACUUUGUCAAUUGAUUUCUCGAAAUCAAUGAAACAUGCAUACACAUCGCACUUGUCUCUGUAUUAGAUUUUUCAAACUGAAAAGUGCUUCCCUCGUUCUGAGUCCUGUUCUGAAUCCAAAUUGAACUUCAGUUCGGUAUUCUUUUAAUUUGGUGUAUAGGCGCGAGUGAAUUAUAUGUAGUAAGGAGUACAUUCAUGGCACAUCAACUAAUUAAUCUAUGUUCUUUACAUUUCCUGCGUUGAGUUUUUUGGAAAGUGGAAUGAAUAUUGAUAGUAGCCAGUCUUUUGGUAAGUGACCAGUCUCAUAUAUUAUGUUGUUGAAUAGCUUCGUAAGAGCUGGAAUUUAGUGUGCCUCUAAUCUAAUAGCUUUAAAAUUUCAUGUACUUCAUCAGGUCUUGGACAUCUUAUAGUUACUUCUUCGUUUGAUAUUUCUGAGCUGUAGGGAUUGUCUAUUUCAGUCAGUCUUCUUCUUCUUAGCCUUUUUCUAGCUAUGUGUACAAAAUACCUCAAUAUAUUUUAGUUGAUGAUUGUGUGCUGCCCAGGAUACGCUACGAUAUUCCCACAUAUCAAAGACCAUUAUAUGUCAUAUAUAUGUUAUAUGUGAGUCAGAACUUUUUAUGGUCCAAUUUUCUAGAUUUCUCAUAGAUUCAUAUAUAAUUUGUCUGAGAUUGAGAAUAUGUUCUCAUGUGCCUCUUCCAGGAACAUAUCCACAUUGUUCUUGGAGAAUCUGUGGUAAGAGAAUUGAUUUUGAUCCCUAGUAAGGAGAACUUCACUUGCGUGGUAGAUUAGGGCUGUUAUAGUACCGUAGUUAUUACAGCCAGUUGGUGAACCUCUCUUGUAGAUGGAUAUUAAGGUCAGCUUACACCAAUCAUCUGGCCAUUUUCCUGUUUUCCAAAUUUCAUUACACGGUUUGAACAUUAUUUUAAUUCCUAUCUCCCAUGUCUUCGCGGUGAUUCCGUGUUCCCCUUGAGACUUUCCAAUUUUAAUAUCUUUAUUGCAGUUUCUAUUUCGGAUUUUAAGAUAUCUGGUUCUUUUUCGUCAUUCAUUUCUGCUAGAUUCCCUUCUUCAUGCUCACUAUGGAACAGCAUUCCACAAUAUUCGUUUAUGUUUCGUUCAGAGUCUUCUUGUCUUUAAUUAACAUGUGGUUGAUGUAUGGUAUUCGUAUAAACAGUUAUAUAAUUCAUUAUCAAUUCAUAGUUAUUAGAAAAAUCUUCCCCUCUGUUCCUUUAUGUUCCCCUUGAGAUUUUCCAAUUUUAAUUUCUUUAUUUAGGAUUUUAAGAUAUGUGAAUCUUUUCGUCAUUCAUUUCUCCUGGAUUCACUUCUUCAGGCUCACAAUAUGGAACAACAUUUUACAAUAUUGGUUUAUGUUUUGGUUCAGAGUCUUUUUGUCUUUAACUAACAUGUGGUUAAUGUAUGAUAUUCGUAUCAACAGCUAUAUGACAACAGCUAAAUGAAUAGUUAUAAGAAAAUCUUCUUAGCUCAUGGAUAAGUAGGUAAAAAUAGUUUUAUAUUUUUAAUACCAACAACAAACGGCAUCCCAGUGUUUAGUUAUAAGUUUUGUUUGUUUUUGAGAUAUUAUUUUCAACUUUAUUUAUUUGUUCACUAUAUAUUGAGAUUGUCAUGGGGAUCAGUUAAAUUUGAACAAUAUUCGAGAAGAUAUUUGAAUGAUUUCGCUUUUUGAGAUUUGUAACAGUAGUCAAUUUUAGUCAUAAAUGGACUAUUAUUAUAAAAGGAAACCACGAUUUUGGACAUAACGCUAAUCUUUUGUGAUGAUGAGUAAUUAAGUAUAUAAAAAAUGCUAUUUACUGCAUGUAUUUAAACGAAUUUAUAGGUGUAGAGGGUAUUUCGAAAAAGUCGUCAAAAUUACUAUGCACUCAAUACUUUUUUUAACUCACAAAACAUCUAUCAUCUUAUAUUAUCAAAUCAAAGAUAUUAUUAUGAUUCGGAAAAAUGUACAAUACUAUUUCCUUUCAUUGCUAACUUGACAUUGCAAGUACAGGCAUUGCUUCACAGUAAAAAUUGGCGUAUCAUUGAGUAGGUAUACCUAAAACUGCGUAGAAAAAAGUUAUAGAAGAAUAUUUGCAAAAAAUAGGGAAAAUAUAGCCAAAAAUGGUGAGUGGAGAAUUUUGAAAAAUCGUAUCUGGUAUAUGAUAUACGUAUAUGACGUAUAUAUCGUAUGACAUGUCUAUAAACAUAAAAAACUAUAAAUCCUAAAUACUUUACCAAACGUCAUUUUUUGAAUAGGAAGGAAAAAAUAUUUUUCUGUAAAACAAUGCCUAUAUCUAUAUCUCCGUGGAAAAAGUAAUGUAGUAAAAAGGAAAAUAGCGUUUUUUCGUUUUUUUUUUUGCUUCGAUUUUUGAAUAAAUUUUUGUAAAAAAAAAUAUUUUUGACUCUAGAAAGUGACAUUUCAAUAGUAAAUUUAAUUUUGAACAACUUUUCCUUGAUACAUAUAUACGAAAGGCGCGUAGAAUUCACCCUAAUGCACCCUAGUGCGUAGAGACUAAUUCAACUCUUUCUCAAAAACGCACCCCUUUAAAUGGUAGCACUCCGAGGUUUUUUCAUAUUUGGGGUCCAUUGACCAGAUGAAACAAUAAAACACGUUAACAUAGUUGUUUUUGUCUAAAGUAAGUACAUAAUCAAUAGUAUAUAUUCUUUUCCAAUAGUGGCUUAUGUAGUAUUUUUCAAUUUAUUGUUAAUAAUCUUGUAGUAUAUUGUAGAGGUUACCUUCAAUAGGUCUCUACAGUUUUCGCAGCUGUCACGGUCACGAUUGACUUUUUGUAUUUUGAAGUAAAUGACAAAAUCAGGUUAAAAUUUUCAAAUAAUCAAAAAAAUUAAUAUCGUUUUCGAAAUACUCUCAAUAAGUGACUUCUUGAUAACAAAUUGUUGUAUUUGUAUAAAUGUGUUCAAAAGAAAUAUUUGUAAUUUAUUCUAAAAACUGCCUCUUAAAUAAAAUAGACACACUUGAAUGAAUAGGUUAAUACAUACAAAACAAUGUAUCGCAGUCUUAAGGAGCUUUAAAAAUAAAUAAGAAAAACUAUUUUGGAAUUUAUUGUGGGACUUUUAUGGUAGGUAUAUAAGGUUCUACAUUUUUUUUAAACGCACUUUAAAAUAUGCAAAAAAAUGUUUUAUACCACAUUCCACGAAUAUACGACCCUCUUGGAUUAUCGCGACAACGAAUAUUUUGUUGUGCAAAAUAUGAAGAACGAAAGUAAAUUGCAAAUUAUAUUGUUGUUUAUUGGAGUAAUUAUUAGAGCAAAAUACUUUCGUACUUCUUAUGUUGCACACUAAAACAUUCGUUGUCACGAUAAUCCAAAACAGUCGUAUAUUCGUGGAAUACACCAUAUUAAUUUUCAACGUUAAAAUGGCGGGUUUCCUGCUAAUGUCCCAAAACUGAAGGCGACCAUGAUUUUGUACUAUGGAAUUAUCUGAAACAUAAAAUUCACAAAAAUUUCUGUUUAGUAUAUUAUAGUAUGAACGAAAAGUUCUAUAUUUUUCUAUCAAAAUGUUCGAUUUUUUUUUUCAAUUCUUGGUAGUUUGACAACUUCUUGGUAGUUUGACAACUGAAAAAGGUAGAAAAAAUUAAAACUAUAGCGUUAUUUUAGUUCAUGCGAUAGACAACUGUGUGAUAAAUAGGUACUUGGGUACUUAAAAUUUCAGAAAUAAUAUGUAAAAAGGGAUUAUGAGUAAAACGUAAUUUUCUCAAAAACUAUUUGACCGAUCCGUCUCAAACUUUAACCAAGUAUUUGUCCCACAAUUGAGUAUAGCAUGAACUAAACUAACACUAUAAAUUUAAUUUUCCGACCUUUUUCGGUUGUCAAACUAAAAUAAAUGCAAAGUUUUGUACCGCAAAAAAAAUCGAAACUGUUUUUUUUUAUUUAGCUAAUGCCUCGACAACUAAUGCCCAUUGGCAUGGUAGGUACGGUAAAUUUUUACACUUAGGUACCUAGUAUAUUGUGUAGUGUGUGUGUUGAGUAAAUGUCUUGUUACUUUGCAAAGUCGACGUCAUUGUCUUUGCAAAGAGACGCUAAUUGUAUCCGAAAGUCUGCGGUCCCUCCGGUGAGUACUUUUGCUGCCAUUCAAUAAUUUCUUUGUAGAACUUGUUUUUGUUCUUGUUUUUAGGUUAUACGAUAGUUACUAGUAUAAUAAAUAGAACCCUUUUUGAAUUGUUUCAGAUAAUUUCUUAGUACAAAAUCAUGGUCGCCGUAAAUUUUGGGGCAUUCAGAGUAAAUCCGUUUUGAAUUUAUAAGACGUUGAAAAUUAAUCAAUCGAAAUUUUUGCAUAUUUUAUGACUGCAUUUAUUAGGCCAACAAAAUGUUAUCUAUCAUAAAAUACACAAUAAAUUCCAAAAUAAAUAGAGUUUUUUCGAAAUUGACACAUUAUGAUAAAGGCCCCUUAAGUAUAUUUUUGCACACCCAAUGAACUUUUGAAAUUUUUUUAUUCCAUAAAAGUUUUUUAAGCUUUCUUUAAGCUUUCAUUAAAAGCUUUUCAAAAAAAUGUUCUUAUUUAUUCUAAUGUUUACGAUAUUACACAUUCAUUUUGAAGUAUUAUCAAAAACAGACUAAUUGUCACAUUGUAGUCAUAUUUAAUUUAUUAAAAGAUGAUUCUACAAAAUGAGAAAGAAGAUAACCCAAAAAAACUACCUUUAAUAUUAAACAAUAUGAAACAUAAAAUUUCAACAACAGUUUUAAGAUUGGUCAUUGACCAUUGCAAAUAAUGCAUUUGAUUGUUUUUUUUUUAAUUUAUUGGUAAUUUCCAAUAAACCAUCUAGUCCUGUCGCCAGGGGGGGUACAACGGCCUCGUUAAUUCAGAUGGACUUACCCAAGUUUUUUUUAUGUAUUUUGACCCGUAGAACACGAAUUUUUUGGGUAACAGUUGAUCCGGAUGUCGAUAAGAUUGUUAUAGACCAAGAACUUGAGGAAUCAAAUAACAGCGAUUUUUGGCAAAACAAAACAAUGUUUUGUAUUUUUUGGGUCAUUUUAAGCAAAAAAUAUUUCUACAAGUUUUUUAGUAGGAUGCACAGUUUUCGAGAUAAACGCGGUUGAACUUUCAAAAAAUCGAAAAACUGCAAUUUUUAAACCCGAAUAACUUUUGAUUAAAAAAUAAAAUAGCAAUUCUGCUUAGCGCCUUUGAAAGUUCAAGUCAAAUUAUGUCGGUUUUGAUUAUUUGCAUUGCUAAAAAUUUAUUGUGUUAUUGUUAAACAAAGCUACAAACAACUAGUGCGUGAGUGAUGUUUCUAUGAUUUCUCAUUUAAAAUCGAACGAGUAGGUAGAAUAGGUACUAGUGCAAUCAAGACUAUUUCUACGUUACAUGCGGUAAAACGCAUGUAAAAGCACGGGAAACCCUACGUGUUUAUAGCUUUGUUAAACAAUAAAAAAAUAAAUUUUUACCAAUGCAAAUAAUCAAAACCGAUAUAAUUUGACUUAAACUUUCAAAUGCGGUAAGCAGACUUGCUAUUUU